GUAUUUCAAAUACCAGCAGGGUCGCCCAUGGUGGACAGGUCUCAGUGGAGCUUCCAGAUUAAAACAGACUAGGAAGAAAGGCCUGGCAAUCUACUUCCCAAAAUUAGCCAAAGAAAAACUUACUGGAUAGCAACAGAACAGUUUCUAUCUCGCUUGCUUUGAACACAUCAUCAGGAGGGAUCGAUCGGUAGAAUAGGGUAAAAUAGAGGACCAACAAGGAUAGGGGAGACCCUCAGUGAGAUGGAUUGGCAUAGUAGUUACAGCAGUGGACUUGAACAUACUGGCUCUAUUAUACAUAAGUUUGCCUUGAGUCGGAGCCAACUCAACAGCAUCUAACAACAGCAACAAACCACACAGAGAGAAGCAGCGUUGAUUAUUUCCUGAACAGAUUCUUUCUCUUGCAGACUGAGAUACCUACAGACAACUAAAGAGAAGGCAUGAACAUGGGAGAAGAUUUGAGGGGAUUAAAAGGAUUGCCAGGGCAUAGUCGUCCAAAACGUGACUCCACGCAAAGAUGAAUGAUGUUUGGCUGUCAUUACAAGAGGCUUCUGGUUGAUAAAUGCUGUCUGGUAUUUCCUGGCUGAUUUCUUACCCUCACACCACACGCCUGAUCACUGUGGUCCACUCUGCAGAGGCAAAUCACCUGAAUCAGGCUGUAGGUGACUCACCACGCCUCUUUAAAGCUGCACUGGGUUCAGCCCAGCGACUACUGGGAUAGAAGCCAUGGCUCGCAGGCUCUGCUUCUCCUCCUGGUUUCUUGUCUGCUGCUUGGUCAUAACUGUGGCAGAAGGACAAGAAGGGGUAGUCACCCCUCCUGGAGGUUCACAAAACAAUGUGAACCCUACAGACUGCCACAUCUUUACACUCACCCCUCCUCCCACCACAAGGAAUCCAGUGACUAGGUUCCAGCCCAUCACAAGGACACCCAGGUGUCCCUUCCAUUUUUUUCCACCAAGAAAGCCAAGAGUCUACUUUAGGUUCCCAUACAGACCUUUCCUCCUUCCAAAGUGUAAACACCGUUUCCAGUACCGGCCAGUUUUUUGGCCCCUUGGUCGCCACACACCUCAUUAUAACUAUUUCCCCAGAAGAAACCUCCAGAGAGGAAGUUCAUCUGAGGAAAGCUGAAA